AUGCUGCCCAGCUCCAUCCAGAUCUCCGGGGAGCCACUGUCGAGCGCCGAGGUGCGGGACAUCUGCCGCGGCCUGCGGGACAACGCCGUGCGCCUGCUGUCCCUGCGCGGCUGCCGCCUCUGCGACCGCGACUUCGCCCGCAUCUGCCGCGCCCUGGCGGGAGCCUCGUCCCUGGCGCAGCUCAACCUCAACUUGGGCGUCGUGUCCAGCCCCGGGCGUGUCAAGCAGCUGGCCGAAGCCCUGAGGGUCAACCGCUCCGUCCAGUCCCUCUUCCUUCAUGGGAGCCCCCUGACAGAUGCUGGAUUGGCCCUGCUCAACCCUUCCCUGGCUCUGCACCCUGCCCUUGUGGCCCUAGACUUAGGUGACUGCAUGCUGGGGGAUGAAGCCAUCAACCUCAUCUGUGGUCUCCUGCCCCCUGACGGGGCUAAGUCAGGCCUUAAGGAGCUGACCCUGAGUGCCAACCCUGGAAUCACCCCUAAGGGCUGGAGCAGACUUGCCAUCGCCGUGGCCCACAGCUCCCAGGUCCGAGUUCUCAAUCUGGACUACAACCCCCUGGGUGACCAUGUGGCAGGGAUGUUGGCUGUGGCUGUGGCCUCCAGCCGCACCCUUGAGGUCCUGGACUUGGAAGGGACUGGGCUUACCAACCAGUCAGCCCAGACCCUGCUGGACAUGGUGGAGAAUUAUCCCACGGCUUUGCGGAGCCUGGUGUUAACUGAGAACAGCAUCAGCCCAGAGCUGCAGCAGCAGAUUUGUGACCUGCUGUCAGAGGGUGAAGAAGAGGAGGAGGCAGCUGCCUCGGGAGAUGGUGGCCGGGUCCAGGAGAGGGAUCGAGAGGGGGGACUCGAUGCUCGCCAGAGGGGCGGAUCCUGGAUCUGCCCCAGCGAUCCUGGCUCCCAGAUGAUACUGAUGACAUCAGGGCUGGGAGAUAGUCUGUUGGCUGAGACUGAGAUGUGAAUCCUGCAACUCUACCCCUACCCCCAAAACCCCUAUCCUCCACCAUGUGCCCCUGUGUGUGUCCUCCCGUGUGUACAUGUCUACACAUGCCAUUGUGAGCAGGGUAAAGCCCUCGGGUCUCAGGAGGGGUGAUACGCAGGGCUCUGGAAGCCCCCUGGCCGCAGGGUGGGCAGGUGGGUGGCUCUGGUAACUGUGAUUGACUAAAAGGCCUUGUGGCACAUUUGUUCCCAGGGCAAUACCCCUAGCUGCAUUAGCAGCUCUGGCUGCAGCCCGCUGGCUCGGUAGAUUUUAUAAACUCCACAACCUAGUGUGUGGCUAUGGUCACUGGGGGUGGGUGGGAGAGGCUCUAAAGGACUGUGGAGAAAUGAUGGCAGCAGCCAGCAGGCACUGUCUGCAUCCCAAAAGCUCCUGAAGAACCCAAAUGAGGUUACCACUAGGGUGCAAUGCUGCUCCUCAAGUCCGGCACAGGGACUCACUUUAAUCAUUUUGGGUCACGUUUCUGUAGCCCUGGAGUUAGAAAGCUUUUACACACAUUUAAUCUUGACAACACUGUAGGUAGGUAGUGCUGUUAACCUCACAAAGCUAAAUAACUCCCCCAGGAUGACAGUAGUCAGUCACCUUAGUCAAAAUUCACUUACUACCUCCUGAUCCUAGUGGGCAAGUCAGUUUCAACUGUGAAAUGAAGGGGCUCAACUAAAAGCCUUCUGAGGUCCUUUCCAGCUCUAAAUCUGUGAUGCUAAUUGGCAGAAUCAGGACUUUUGAACUUGGGUCUCGUUCUCAUUCCAGCGUCUCAUUCCACUUCGUGUUGACUGCCCUCUUCAUCCACACUCAGGGAUCAUGAUGAAAGGGCUGACACCAGACAUCGCAGGACUGCAUAAGUAGAGGCCCAUCAUCAAAGGCUGAAUGGAUGGCCUUGCACCCGAUUGUGGGGUGUCCAAAAGGCCAUGAUGCCGUCCAGUGUCUAACAACAAUUCAGGCAGCUCAGCCUAGGGCUGAUUUGCAGCCUCUUCCUCUACUGAACCCUGAACAGCCCUGAAGCUUAGGUGGCUUAGAAACUAGGUCAGGAACUUGUCUAGCUCAGGAAGGGUGACAAGAAUGACUCAAUGCUAGGUCAAGAUCCCUUGCUUGUGUGCAACAUUAGCUGGAGGUAAGUUUACAUCUCAUGAGAAGGGGGUUCCAAGAGUCACCUCUAGUAUCAGGGGAUUUGAGGUGGGGAUCUCAUCAAGUCUUGAGUGGCUUCAGACACACCUUUGGUUUGGAGGAACCACCACACAGGAGCAAGUUUAAAGGGUUAAGUGGUACAGAUGAC